CUCAUUCCUUCCUCUCUUCCUUCCACAAUCCCUUUCCCGAUAAAAAUGAUAAGUCUUGCUCCCCGCCUCCUUCUCCAGAACCAUCGGUCAAUCUUUCGAACGCCGCUUAAGACGAAUUCAAGCUCCUUUGUACGAUGGUCCAUUCCUUUGGCUCAGGAGUCGUUGCUCCUACGGGAAUCAUCAUCCACUGCGCACGGAACGGGCGCUUCCACCAAGGCUACAGCCACGCCGACAUCGUCUCUAUUGUAUGGUCGUGAUUCGAGCCAGGAAAAAGACGAAGAGAAAAAGCCUUGCUGUCACUCCAAAGCGUCAACGGCCAAAUCGAACUCAAGACAACCCUCCUCUCUUCCGAUCUUCUCGCGCCAGUUCUGGUCCGAUCCUACGACAUGGAGAACAGCUUCCACGAACACAUUUCGCUGCCUGAUCGGCUGUACGCUCGGCGACAUGUCUAUGCUAUUUUACCUUCAAUCCGCGCACCCGGCCUUAUCCCCGGGGAUUGCGAUGGGCCUAGCCAUGACAUCUGGUAUCCUGACGUCGAUCAGUCUCGAGACGGUCCUGUUACGAUGGUCAAAGGCUUCGAAUAUGUCCUGGAAGGCGGCGUUCAAGACUGCGACAGGCAUGUCGCUGAUCUCGAUGCUGACCAUGGAGGCCGUCGAGAAUGCGGUGGAUUACCACUUGAUGGGCUGGGGCAAUGUUGAUAUUGGGAACCCUGUUUUCUGGCAAGCUGUUGGGUGGAGCGCACUCGCGGGCUGGUCAGCACCUUUGCCAUUCAAUUAUUGGAACUUAAAGCGACAUGGCAAGUCGUGCCACUAAAAUACGAGUAAUAGAAUGACCCAGGAACGAGUACCCAUCCACUGUUUCUUCCAUUACCAACAAUGCUCAGCCGUUGCCUACGAUACCGCUAUUUUAUUUCAAACCAC